AGCCAGUUUGUAAGCGUUUCUCCUCCGUCUCCAUCCAUUAGGGUUAGCUGCUCCUCCUGCGCCGCUUUACUGGCCCGGAACAGGAGCGUGUCCUGCGGGUCGGUGCUGCAUAUCAGCCCUGGGGGAGACGGGGGUCUGCGCGGCUGCUCUGCGACCCCUCACCGCAGGAAGGUGCUCGGCUGGGAGGAGGAGGAGGAGUCGCCGCGCUUUCAGAGCUGCAGGGGAAGCAUGUAGCUCAGCAGCUCGAGCAUCCGCGAGCCCGGCCACGGUAGCGCUGUAUUAGCAGCAGCCAGUUAGAUGAAGCUGGUUCUCUGCGCUAGCGAGACAUUUUAGCUUCAGAGACAGAGGGGUUAUCAGCACGCGACCUGCCUGCCUGCUGCAGCCUGCAUGUGAUGCAUGUGCUGCUGCUAUGUGUGGUAGUGGCUCUGGAAGCUGUGGAAGCUACGUGACCUGCGCUUCUGAGCUAUGCUUUCCUCCUCUGGGAUUAUCGCGAUGAUAGCAGGGCAUCCACAACCAUCACAGAGCGAUUUCUAAUUAGGAGAAGCCAACCAGAUGCAACACGUUGCUGCUGCUGCUGGCUGACGAGCAGGACCACCAGAACCUCGGGGUGUCUUUCAGCCGCAGACUUUAUUCAUGGGAUGAGGGCCUCCUCUGUGUGCUGCUUUAUCGCCCCUGCACUGCCCGUCCUCUCCUCUCUCCCCCUCUUCUCUCUGACUCUGGGCUCCUGACGCCUCUGAGGGCUCAUGCGGCGCUUCGUCUACUGUAAGGUGGUGCUGACCACCUCGCUGGUCUGGGUGCUGGUGGACGUCUUCCUGCUGCUCUACUUCAGCGAAUGUAACAAAUGCGACGACAGGAAGGACCGCUCCCUCCUGCCUGCUCUCAGAGCGGUGAUGUCACGUACUCAUGAGGGACCAGGAGAGAUGGGGAAAGCUGUGAUCAUCCCUAAAGACGACCAGGAGAAGAUGAAGGAACUCUUUAAAAUCAACCAGUUCAACCUGAUGGCUAGUGACAUGAUUGCACUCAACCGGAGUCUGCCUGAUGUUCGAUUGGACGGCUGUAAGACGAAGGUGUACCCGGACGACCUUCCCAAUACUAGCAUUGUGAUAGUUUUCCACAAUGAGGCGUGGAGCACUCUGCUGCGCACUGUGCACAGUGUCAUCAAUCGCUCUCCAAGACAUCUGCUGGUGGAGAUUCUACUGGUGGACGAUGCCAGUGAGAGAGAUUUCCUGAAGAAGAAGCUGGAGGAUUAUGUGAAGACCUUGGAGGUGCCGGUGCGGAUCUUGCGGAUGGAGCAGCGCUCCGGUCUGAUCCGGGCCAGGCUAAGAGGUGCUGCUGCUACAAGAGGCCAGGUCAUCACCUUCCUGGACGCGCACUGCGAGUGCACGGUGGGCUGGCUGGAACCUCUGCUGUCACGGAUCAAAGAAGACAGGAAAGCUGUGGUCUGCCCAAUCAUUGACGUCAUCAGUGACGAGACUUUUGAGUACAUGGCGGGCUCAGACAUGACUUAUGGAGGAUUCAACUGGAAGCUGAACUUCCGAUGGUAUCCAGUUCCUCAGCGAGAGAUGGACAGGCGCAAAGGAGAUCGCACCUUACCUGUCAGAACUCCCACCAUGGCCGGCGGCCUGUUUUCUAUCGACCGGAGCUAUUUUGAGGAGAUUGGCACCUACGAUCCUGGAAUGGACAUAUGGGGAGGAGAGAACUUGGAAAUGUCUUUCAGGAUUUGGCAGUGCGGCGGCUCUCUGGAGAUCGUCACGUGUUCUCACGUGGGCCACGUGUUCCGGAAAGCGACACCGUACAGCUUCCCUGGUGGAACGGGUCAGGUGAUCAACAAGAACAACAGGCGAUUGGCUGAGGUCUGGAUGGAUGAAUUCAAAGACUUCUUCUACAUCAUAUCACCAGGUGUGGUGCGAGUGGACUACGGAGACGUGUCUGCCCGCAAGGCUCUGAGAGAAGCUCUGCAGUGUAAGCCUUUCUCCUGGUACCUAGAGAACAUCUACCCCGACUCUCAGAUUCCACGCAGAUAUUUCUCACUCGGAGAGAUCAGAAAUGUGGAGACCAACCAGUGUGUGGACAACAUGGGAAGAAAAGAGAAUGAGAAAGUUGGCUUCUUUAACUGUCACGGCAUGGGUGGGAACCAGGUGUUUUCAUACACAGCAGAUAAGGAGAUCAGGACUGAUGACCUGUGUCUGGACGUGUCUCGCCUGAAUGGACCCGUGGUCAUGCUCAAGUGCCACCACAUGAAGGGCAACCAGAUGUUUGAAUAUGAUGCUGAGUAUGUUGGCAAGUGGGAAUAUGAUUUUAAGCGCCUGACCUUGCUUCACGUGAACAGUAACCAGUGUUUGGACAUGCCCUCGGAGGAAGACAAGAUGGUUCCCACUCUGAGAGACUGCAACGGCAGCCGAUCGCAACAGUGGCUCCUGAGAAACAUGACCUUAAGUAUCUGAACCGGGUCUGCUCUGACCCGGGCUGAGGGCACGGUGGGAAUUCGCUCCAGUGUAAUAAUCUGGAGUGUGGGUUGCUUCAGAACUCAGAAGUCUGCUUUGACCUGACCCAUUAAGAGCAUGUGUCCCAGAACUCAGUCCAAUACAGAUUUAGAUGCAGAGUGUUUGAAAGUCAGUCUGCUCAAUCUCUGGUCAUUUUCUCUGGCUGUCUUUCGUCUUGCAUUUCCCCUCAGCUCUCAACUCUCAAAUGCUGCUGGAACUCUUGCUUCGGGAACAGGCCACUCUACCAGUGACUGGAGCCCUACCCUACUUUCCACUCGUCCCUAGCGUAGCCUGGGGUUUGUUUUAAAAGAGCUAAAGCCAGAAGCCAUAAUACAGUAGCAUCUGUUCUGGUCACUUUGGCUACACUCAAAGUGGCCUCCAUCUGGAGCUACUCGGAAGACUGAUCAUCAUUCUGCAGCUCAGAUGCUUGCUGGGCCUGAAAGCUCUGUUAACUCGUUGCUAUCAACUCUGUACUACACUACCCACAAUCCUUUGAACUUCCGCAAGACAGAACUUUGCAGUUGAUUCACAAAUAUUUGUGCCACUGUUUUCAGUUCACUUCCUGACAUUGUGUUCCACACUGUACAGUUCCUACAGGUCAAGGUGUCUGAUUUGCCCAGUCCAUAUCAUUGAUUAUUAAAUAUCUAAAGCAGUAUUUGCACCUGCAAACACCUGACAUUCUAGGUGUUGGCUAAAAUGCAGAAGUGAAAUAAGGGAUAUCUCUAAUCUUUAAGAAUCUGUACAGGUAAACUAGUUUUUAUCAGACCAUACAGAUGUUUUAUCAUAUAUCAUAUAUUAUGUAUCAUCCUGUAAAAUGCGCUGUACGUCCAACAUUCUGAAACAAAGCCACCCAUUUCAACACGUAGAUGUCUUGGUGAGAGACUGUGUUAUGCUGAUAUGCCUUAAGGUAAGCUAAAUGGAAGCAUUGAUGACUUUAGGAGAAGUAUAUAAGAGCACAUUGAAAUUGAGCUCAAAUUGCAAUGCAUAUAAAGAAGUAGGGAAAAAAAUAUCACUAGCCAAUAUUUUUCCCCAGAUUUAGACGAGAAUGCUGCAAUUUAGCUAUUUGUCUAACUGGGCCUGGAGUGUUUGACUUGCAAAAAACUAAUAUAAUAGGGAUGUCCCUAUCUGAUCCAGUCACUCGAGAUCAUAGCACUAAUGCACUGGGUAUUGGCUAUUUUAAUCACAAUCUAGUUCAGAGUCUUUGUUUUUGACCAUUGUGUUUAGAACGUCAUUUUAUAUCCUCACAGAACCAUUAACUAAUAUUCCUUCCCAUCUGGCAACUAAGGAGAAUUCUUAGAAGGUAUUUAGAGCAAUUUAGAUAGGCCCGUUCUGGCCAAUUUAGAGCAGCCAAUUUACCUGAUAUCCGUGUGUUUGGGCUGUCAGAAGAAACACUAAUAAUAGCCCAAAUAAAAGUAGCUUCACCUUAAUAUUAACCUUUUCAGACCCUGCAUCCAUUACAAUGGCCAUCAUCUAUUUACUUUUUAUGUUUUGUCCAUCAGAAUAGAACAUGAACCAUGAAUGGCCAAUGAAGUUUAUAAACCAAUGAAACAGUAACGUGGCCACACCCACUCCACUGCUAGAACCAUUGAGGCAAAGUUAGAGCUAAUUUUUACUAAUUUAAUGUGAUUUAGAACACGUUUUAAUCAUGGUUUGUUUUUUUUUACUGUUUAGUAUUGGUUUAUGAAAUAAAAAGGUCAAUAUGAAAUAUAAAAAAUUACUUCCCAAUGCAAUUAAAUAAAAAAAACUUUAUUUUAGUUAAUUGGACUUAUUUGCUAUAUAGAUUUAUAGUAGGAUAUUAGAGUUUUCUUUUCUGUGCAUUACAAACAGAAAACAGCAUUCUUACAUUUCUUUUCAUGACUAAAAAUAAUUCAGGUCUAAAAGGGUUAAACAGUAUUUUUUUUAUUUGUGAAUUAGUCCUAAAGGUUACUAAGAAUUUACCUAAACUGUGCGGCUGCAUUAUUUAAACAAAGAUCAGAUUGAAUCAGAAGAGACUCGGAUCAGAUUGGGGGAAUCCCUAUUAUAAAGUAACGUUGAAUAACUGCAAUUGAUGGAUCAUAGAGUUUAGAUUGUUGUGUGAAAUGUGGAAAGGUUAAAAGCUAGGUUUAGCUUACAUGUUUAAAAUAUUGCUCUGAUUAUGACAGAUUUAAUAGGAAGUUUCCAUUUUGUCACGUUUUUGCUGGUUAUUUGUCUAUUUUGUCCAAUUUUAGGUAGGACGCUUCAAUUCGUCAUACAAAUGUUCUACCUUGUCACAUCAGUAUUACUGUAUUGCCUGUUCAUUUAAAUAUUUGACCCUUUUGUUGUAACUAACCCACUGUUCUCACUCUUCAUGUAAUGGAGCAGCUUUCCGGUUGUAAAUAAUACUGUAUUACUUCAGUCUUUUUGAGCAUUGUUGUAUAUAUGAAAUCAAUUAUUUUUUUAAGGCAACACUUGAAGCCCUAUUGAACUCUAUGAAGUAGAAAUCCAUAUCAAAGUGCAUUGACGUUUUUGUGUUUUAUUGUUCCUGGACAUGCUAGAUGUAGAUAGUGUCUCUAAGCAGAAACGUAUUGGCUGUUCUCAGUCCAAGACCUCUUUACUACUUUACUGACACUUCUAAAUCAAUAUCUGCUACAGUUCACUGGUUUACUACAUUCAGAUCUGUACUGAAGAACUGAAAUGUGUUGAAGCACUAAAUAUCAAUGAGAUUCAGUUCAGUGUGUUAAAUAGAAUUCAUUAUAGAUGAGAUUUCGUAAAUGCUUAUGCUUAAACAUCACUGAAUGAAAUUCAUAAUUUCACAUUAUGAACCCAGAACCAAGAAUCAUGUUCCUCCCACUCAUGUACUGUUUUCUUAAAAAGCUGAAUAUCCCAGUGGGCUUUUUUAAGAUCAUCAAGUGCAUGGUAGAAAUACAAUGUAGAUUGCCUUUUAACUUGAACAGCUCUAAAACGUGUAACUUUGUAUUGCUCUUGAGUGAAAAUGUUUGUUCAUUUUUUGUAAGUAAACAAAUAUUGACAGAACCUGAAUUUACCAUGCAUAUUUAAUAGAUGAAUAUCAAACAGAAACUGUGAACCAUAAUAAAACCACUAUUGUUGAAAA